CAUAAAUUCAUUUCCGUACGCGGAGGCACUACAACAAACAACCGAUUUCGAUCGAGAAGCACAUCAUCGCCAUGAAGAUCCACCACAUACCUUGCUUGGACGACAACUACGCGUACCUGAUCAUCGACGAGAGCACCCGAGAAGCGGCGGUCGUGGAUCCCGCGGAGCCCGAGAAGGUCGUGAAAGCAGCUCGGGAACACGGCGUCGACUUGAAGCUCGUGCUCACCACUCACCAUCACUGGGACCAUGCUGGGGGAAAUGAGAAGAUAAAGCAGUUGAUACCCGAGAUCAAGGUGUAUGGUGGAUCGAUCGACAAUGUAAAGGCUUGCACUGAUAAGGUGGAAAAUGGUGAUAAGCUGUCUCUUGGGAAGGAUACCGACAUACUAUGUCUUCACACUGCUUGCCAUACCAAAGGGCACAUAAGUUACUAUGUGACUGGGAAAGGGGACGAAGAUCCUGCUGUUUUCACAGGCGACACACUGUUCGUUGCUGGGUGUGGAAAAUUUUUCGAAGGCACAGCAGAGCAGAUGUACCAAUCGCUCUGUGUAACACUGGGGUCAUUGCCAAAACCAACUCGAGUCUACUGCGGCCAUGAGUACACAGUGAAGAACUUGCUGUUUGCUCUCACCAUUGAACAAGAGAACCUGAAGAUAAAGCAAAAGCUAUCAUGGGCUCAGCAACAACGGGAAAAAGGCCUCCCAACCGUUCCAUCCACCAUUGAGGAAGAAAUGGAGACCAACCCUUUUAUGCGGGUUGAUUUACCGGAGCUGCAGGAGAUUGUAGGCUGCAACUCACCCGUCAAAUGUCUGAGGGAGAUCAGGCAGCGCAAAGACAAGUGGAGGGGUUGAACAAUGGUGUUCUCAACCGAGCAUUUCCAAUCAAAGAUGCAACCAAAUCAAAUUUCCACACAUGUACCUUGAAUAAGAAUGCGUGCAUUGCUUGGACCAGCGUGAUCAUGUCAAAUUUUCAGUCACUGUUUGUAAAAGCUAUGGUUCUUUCAAAAGGCGGGAUUGUUGUAGAUAGAACAUGCUGUGUAUGAGAUCCAAUGAAUGAAUGGCCAAAUCAGGACAUGUCUGCUUCUGCU